AUGCUGCGCAAGAAAGAAACUUAUACCAACAUUACUCCAAUCCCCUCGGGUGUACCCCGCCAACUAGCCCUGGACAUUCUCCAUAGCCAUGGCGAAAUCAUCACCCUUAACCCUCUGGUCCUUUCAUACCAUGCCAUCAAAGCCCCUCGAGAUGCCGCUGCAGAUGAAUACUACUCCACAUGGUACGAGAUCAUCGAGCGCGUCCAGUAUCUCCCGGGCCUAGGUAAGAUGGGAUCCGGCAAGGUCAGCUUCAAGGGCUGUUUCCACGACACAGAAUGGGGUCUGGAAACGCAUACCUUUGUCCCUCUGGGAAUCGACAUCAAAAGUAAAUGGCGCAUUGCAGGAAAUCAACCCGACGAACCUCGGAAAUUCCGCGAAUUCCGCCACGACGACGCCCCAGAGAAUGGGCUGUAUUUGCAAGAGGAUAUCGAAAUCAACUGCAAUAUCACGUUGAUCUCGUUCGUCAAGAAUCAGUUGAAAGCUGCGUCGAAGGUACUGGUCGAUCGGCUUAUUAAGAAGGCUGAGCUCCUUGAUGCGGGUGUCCUGCAGGCGAUUAUGGAGGACGGCAGACUCAAGACGAUUAAUCCGGCCGACCGGUCGAGUAUGGCGCGGACGGACUCGCUGGCAUCGCGACGGCACUCCGAUCAGAUCUCGCUCAAUUCAUAUCAAUUGCCCCGAUCGCCGACUGGUUCGACGAGGCAGCCGUCUGUUUCGGGGGCCUCACAGUCCAAGUACCCCUUUGCACCACCACAGUACGGUCAAGGGAAGACCUUUGCGGCGGAAUUGCCAGCUGAUUUCCAUCAUCCGCAGUCGUUGUCAGAUGCAUCAUCCUAUCGGGGUAAAUCAUAUACGGCCGAAUUACCUGCAACACUCGAGGGUCCAGAAAGGUAUACCCAACCACAGAAUAUGGUUCAUGAGCUACCCGAGUCCCAUCAUUGA